AUGGAAAGCAUCCAUAUUUUUUCUGGUAACGUGCCUGCAAUUGUUUGCACAUACUUUAAUCAAAUCUAUUCAAAUCAAAGUAAUAUAUCUAAUUUUAACUCUAAGGAAUCCGAGAAGAAUGAAAAAAAUAGUUUUGAGCAUGGAUCAAUUGCAAUUUUUGACUCAAAUUACAAUCAAAACAAAUUUUUUGGGUUUUGUGGUGAGUCUGGUGGCUGCUUAGAUAGCAAACAUUCAUUCAAUCAAAAUGGCACGAUCUUAGAUCAUGCUAAUGAUAAAAAUCUGACUUUUAGUUCCAAUAUGAGAGAUUUAACCAAACAUUCACCUUGGAACGGGAGAAUUGAUGUAUUUGAACAAAGCAACAAUCAUAUAGAAUAUUCCGAUAACUUUAAUCUUAUAUUUUUUUUAAAAAGGUUAUUAGGAGAUAAAAAUAUUCAUAAUAAAAUUCCAAAUAAAUGGAAUUAUUCAAACCCAAAUAGUGCUAAUGGCCUAUUAAAUAAUUCUUAUAGUUUAAAUGUUAAAAAUUCACGUUUUGAAAGUGCCGAAAUAUUGGAAAGUAUUCGUCAUAAACUUGAAAACUCUGACCAAAAUAGAAUUAUUUACUUAUCGACAGAAGUAGAUUCUGCAUAUAGCAAUAUUUCAAGUGAAAUAUUAGAGUUUCUAGAUGAAGAGACACCACACUCAUACAAACCAUCACUUUCUUUAUUAAUUAACGAGAAUGAAAACAAAAGUAUCAAUAAUUUGAACCUUAAUAAAAUAUUAAAUUUUUCAAAUACAAAAUUCUUAAUAGAUCAAAGUAAAUUUUGCGAUGAUAUUUGGCUAAUUGAUUUGAACCAUAUUGAUAGCUUGGCACAAAGAAAUUCUAAUACAAAUUUCAAUCCUCUCGUUACUUUAGCAUUUAUUAUAGACCAAAUUAGUGCUACGAUGAAAGAUUUAAACAACACUUAUAUUAAUCCAUUAAGUACAAUAGGAAGAUCUGUAAGCCACCCAUUCAGAAAUAUUGCAGUUUUCAACUCAUACAAGGCCGGUAAUGAUAGUAAUAAAACUAGUUGUGUUGUGGGCGCAAAGUUUGAAUCUCUUUGUUCGAAUUAUUUUUUGGACAUUUGUCAGAGCGGAUAUUUUGGUUUAGAUUUACUAGAAAAAUCAGAAAUUAUAUCAAUUAUAAAUGGAAAUCCGUAUAUUUUUGGAAAUGAAACUGAGAAGAUGAUCGAUUUUUUAAGCAUAAAUACUCGUAAAAUAAUUCAUAGUAAUGCAAAAAAGAUUCUAAAUUUAUAUAUAUGA